GGGCGGGAGAGGGAGCCCGCUCAAACUACCGCUCCCAGGACCCGCCGCCGCCGCUCGCUGCUCCGCCGUCCCAAACAUUUCCGCCGGGGCAGCGGCCAGCGGCGGCCGCCGGCGGUAAAGGUUCAGGUGGGCUCCUGAGCUGGAGCAGCGGCCGCUCGGGGCGGGAGGCUGCCCGGGCACUUCCCCGAGGGCUCCCCGGGAGAGCGGUGGCGAGCGGCACAAACUCCGUUCGGCUCGACUGCCCCAGCCGUGCCCCUGUGGGGCGGCGGGAGCCAUGCCCGGCGUGCUGCCCCGGACACUGCCCGCCUCCCUCGCACGGGGCUGCCUGGGCCGCUGGCUGCUCGCCACUCGCGGCUGGGCGCUCCUGGGGCUCGGCACCGGGUCCUGCUCCUGCCUGAGGCGGCGGCACCAGCCCCCGCUGCUGCUCAGGGCCGCCCGUCAGAGCUUCGGGACGCAGGCGGGAGGGCUGAAAGCUGCAAAACCUGGCGGUAGUAACAAAGAUGUGUCCGUGCAGAGGGUGCUGAACGAGGAAACGCUGGUGUCGGCGGCUCAGAAAGUGAAAGAAGCUGGAAGAGACUUUACCUAUUUUAUUGUGGUGCUUGUUGGAAUUGGUGUUACAGGUGGUUUGUUCUAUGUGAUUUUUAAAGAACUAUUCUCUUCUUCUAGUCCAAGUAAGAUCUAUGGAGAUGCCUUGGAGAAAUGCAGAUCUCACCCUGAGAUAAUUGGUGUUUUUGGUGACUCUAUCAAAGGUUACGGAGAGGCAACAAGAAGAGGAAGACGACAGCAUGUCAGUCACAUUGAAUACGUAAAGGAUGGACUGAAACAUAUGCGUUUGAAGUUCUAUAUUGAGGGCACUGAAUCAGGGAAACAGGGAACAGUCCAUGUGGAAGUCAAAGAGAAUCUUGAAACAGGAAGAUUUGAGGUUCGCUACAUAUUUGUGGAUGUUGAGACCUAUCCGAGAAGAACCAUUGUCAUAGAGGACAACAGAUAGCCAACGAUCAAAGCUGCUGCCUUAUCUCACAUUGGAAAAUGUCGUUGUAGCCAGUCUACAUAUGGAUUGUGUGGUGUUGCCAAUUGUGUCUCACAGCUGUGUUAAGGGAAGUAGCCUCUCAGAGCCUCCACUAAAGACUUCUGAUAAUAACAGAUAUCUGAUUUAAAGUGAAACCAAUUAAAUAUAGCAGAACUAUCAUGGCAGAUAUUCUUGACAUAGGAAAAUAAUGCCUCCUAAUAAACAGUUUAAUGCUGGAUAAUACUUCUGCACACCCAAAACCCAAGUUUUCCAAGGUUUUAGGUUUGGAUGGGGAGUUUUUUUGUCUUCCUUGGCUUGGAUUUCCCACUACCACUGCAAUAAAGAAAGGGGUAGUUCAAGUGUAGACAGAACUCUACUGUUUUCAUUUUGGAUACCUGUGUAAGUAAGAAGGUAAAAUGUUAGUGAUGCAAAAGAGAUGUAGGGAUGUAAGGGUAGGAAUGGUGGAGGCAGACACCCGUGACAAGCAACUGAAGAAAAAGACUUCAGUAUUGGUGUCUUCUAAAUAAAUUACCAGCAAGCAGAACAUCACUACCAUCUGCUCUUUCCGGUGUUUGCCAAUCUGCUCCAUAUGGUUGUGGCAAUGUAGGGGUUGGCCUUUUCUCCCAGGCAGCUAGUGACAGGACAAGAGGUCAUGGCCUCAAGCUGUGUCAGGGGGGAUUUGGAUUGGACAUUACCUUCAAAAUAUUUUGAAAACCACAAUAUUCCAUUUAAAUGUCUCUCUUUCCCACCUUGUCUGCAUCUACACAUGAUAAACACACACAUGGUGUUUAUCAGGGCAUGUCUUUGGUCCGUAAAGUGUUCCACAUUAUUUUCUUUCACUGCCUGCAUCACCAAGCUAAGCAGAUUUACCAGGAUGCUUCUGUUUAUUUCAUGAAUGGGAGGCACAGCUGCAAAGGACAUCACUUCUCCUGUGUUGUGAAAAAGCUGAGAAUAUGCUUGAUAAAAUGAAGACAAAAAGUAGCAGAAGAAAUCCACCUUUAUCUGACCUUAGAUGUAUUAGUGUUCUUAAUUUGAACAAAUGACAAAUACAAGGCUCAAAUGCUUUCCAAUCUCACUGGAGGAAAGCUUUUUGGAAUUCUUUUUCUAGGAACAUCUCAUCUGUGAAGAAAAAAAAUAACUUCAUAGCUUGAUUUAUCAACUUUGUACUAGCUAGAUACCUAUCACCAGCAAGAUUCUUUAAUCCCCUUGAAACUUCAGGAGUAUUUAAGCUUUGGGAACUUUCCAUAUUCCUGACGCUGAAGUUCUCUUGGUCUUUAUGGACUGGGCUGGCACCCAUGCUUACAAAAUUUUCUUAAAUUCUGUUUUAUGCAAAUGCAUAUGGAGACACCUUAAUCAAAAUUAGGUGAAGAUUAGUUGAAUAAGACAUCUGGAAUAGAGAAUAUUGAUCUCUUGUGCAGUAUCACCUUUCCUGGUGGUAGUUUGCACUGGAGGGAAACAGCUGCAUUCACUGAGUUUAAACAUAAUAUUUUAGAACUCCCUUUUUGUAAUUUUGAAGUGUGUUAUCCUCUAUUUUCCUUAUGAAGCUGUCCAUGUUUCACUGGAUCAUUGCACUACCAGUAAGUCAUUUAGAUAUCCUUCUCAAUGUCAGGAUGCUUAGUGUUCCAUCCUCUCACUGGAGGAUGUUAGGCUGGGGAGACAGCAGAGUAACUGAAAGGUUCACCUUCAGUUGUCAGCAAACACAAGCAGUAACCAUUUCACUGUUUCCUUUUUAAAGAUCUUGCUUCAUUUUCUCUUGGGUGAACACAAAAUUUACAGCAUGUGCCAGUUACUUUCUCAAGUAAAAGUGUCAUGUUAAUAAAACAUUAGGAAAAAAAUCACUGCUAGCAAACCAGAACCAAAGGAAUGACAUUUUCAUAGAAAUCAAACACAUUUUCCAGAGUUCAGUCUUGAUUGUUGCAGAAUUAAUAAAAAUACAUGUUCUCAAAACCCCUCCUUUAGGAAAUGAAAAUAUGCCACUCACCAGUGAAAGGUGGUUUUUCCAGAAACACUGUGUGGCAGAGUAUUCCAAACGUGUUUUAGGUAGGUGUACAACUUGGUCUUAACUUUCCCAUAUCUACAUUAAUUUUUGUGGAUGCCAAAACCUGUAUAUGCACCAUAGGCAGCCAAUAUCCUUAGAGGUGUUUUGUGGGAAUAUUACUGUGUCAUCUCUAUGACCUGUGUUUGAUUCUAGGUCCUUUGUAUACUUGCUGUACAGUGACAGAAAUAUCCCUCCAGGAAAUUAACUCAGUGGAAACUUUAUAACAAAAGAGAAACGAUUACUCUUUCAAUAAGCUUCAAUAAACAGAAGCUCUUGCAAAGAACUAGUUGUAUGCAGGGAAGCAAAGGUGUUGUACAUGACUGAGUUUAAAAAUAACCUUACCUAAAUAUUUUCUGCACGGAAUUCAAGUUACAACAACUGAUUUAGGCAAUAGAGUCAUGAUCUUAGAAAUGGUUGCAAAUAAAUGCACAUCUGGUACAAGAAACUUUAAUAAACUCACUUAACAACCACAGAAGACAGUAAUGUGAGUAAGAUAAUUACUGUAUCACAUGCCAGCUGCAGAGAUAAAAAGCCAAAGAAAAUGUGCUGGGACUUUCCACAAGUGAUUUCAAUUCACUUUGCUCUCAGUCUCAUUCAUUAUCACAAUGGAUGCUAUCCACCCUAAUACUUGUGGGAUUAUUCCAAAAUGUAUAUAGUCAGCAACCUAAAAGUGUUGUAGAUAUGCCCAAAAAACAUUGACGACACGUUUUGACUCCAAGCCCGCUUUUAGGAUUCCCUGCAGCUUUUAAACUGACAGAAGUACAUGAGGCAAGUGUAGAGAUUGGGGAGAAAAUUUAAGGGGAAAAAAGUUUGAAGGAGCAAGCUUAAAGGUGUCAGUAAGGGAUCAUAACAGGUCUCUGUAUAUGGGAUUGUAAAGUAUGCUUGAAGAUCUGGAAUACAGUUGGCACUGGAAAAACAAAAAUUUGAAAGCAAAAAGAUCUUCCCUCUCUUUUAUUGAGAGAAAAAAAAUUGUUUAGUUCCUAGAGAGAUGUUCACUUGCUCUUAAUACGGAAUAAUAGAGCUCUGGUGGAAAUUUUCCUUAGGCAUCUGGGAAUGUAUAUCAUUAUGAUAUACAGUGAUUCCAAACAGUGCUAUAAAUAAUUGAAUAGCAGAAGUAUUUGAUAGUUUUUCUUAGUAAAUUCUCAGGGUUUUUUAUUCUGUAUGUGUUAUGUAAAAUAAUCUAUAGGAAUUAUAGAAAAAUGUGACUUAAUACCAUCCCGUAUUCAAAUUCAGUAUAUUUAUAUUUUUAAUGAUAUAUAGUUAAAAGUUGAAAAUAUAGAAAAAUGUUUCACAAUUUAAAGGAAGCAAAAACAAAAAAUCUUUUUGGAAUUCUUCUGGUUGUCCUGGGAGGAAUAUUUGAUUCCCUUCAUUUCGUAUAGGUUAUUGUGGAACAUUUGUAACUCAGCAAAUAAAAAUAUUGAGCACAGAUACCCAUUUCAGUAAAACAGUUCAGUGUGGAAAGCCUCUGUUUGCCUCUCAGGGUUCAGUAUCAAUCUACUGCAUUUCAUUUUAAUAUCCAUGUAAACAAAUUCUAUCAGUUCUGCAAAAAGCAUAGUAUGGGAGGGCUGCCCUCACCUGCUCCAGCCCACAGCCAUCCUGCGGCAGAUCAACCUUGGCCAGCACCCAGAGCUGCUCCCCCCACAGCAGGAUGGGGGUGGGAAUGAGGACCAGCAGAAAUGAGAAAUCUUGGGGGUUGUGAGCAAGACAGGAAGAUCACUUGCCAGUUAGUGUUGCAGGUGAACUAAACUUCAAAAUGAGCUCAAUUUACUGCCUUUUGCUGACCAGAGCAGCAGCGUGGGCAGCGUGCCGCAGUGGUGAGCACCCAGCAAGGCUGGCAGCAGUGGUGUCUCUAAUUCCAGAUCACGUACAGGCAUCUGCCUCCACAUCUUAAAACCUCCCAGUACUGUGCUGGGAAACCUUUGCAGGAUAAUCGUGUUUAGCCAACCUCUAUUUAAUUACAAUUCCCCUUUAUCAGAAUCACAAUUAUCUUCUCCAGCAUGAGUUGCUGUCUUCUAUUACUGCCCACAAUUAAAUCUUUUAACCUUUUAUCCAUGUACAUUUUUACCUUUUAUGGGAACUGAGUUGUUUUUCAAUUUCAAUCCUAAUUCUUUUUUUCCAUUAAAAACAUAAUCUCAGCCAUAACAACAUUUUAUUACAGUUAUACACAUACUAAAUCAUGGCUAUAUUCCCUGAGAUGUGAUUUGCUUCAUUAGUGCUACAACCUCCAUAGAGGAGCUGGAAGUGACUUGCUAUUUUGUACACUGUGUGGGGCCAUGUAUUAUCCUGUGUUUCAAUAAAAUGGAGACAAAUCCCAGUGUUGGAGUGCAGGUUUGCAAAAUGUCAGCAGUUGCUUUUUGGUGUGAUACCUGGUGAGGUACAGAUGCCCUCCCCUCCUCUCUGUGGCUGCAAAGCCACUACAUUCAGGGGUCUGACACUGGUGUAGGGAUAAUGGUGGUGGAAAGGAAAUAACCGAGACUUCUCAAGAUUUAAAACAGCAGCUUUCUAUCAACUGCCUUGGGCAUAAAAGCCUAAUAAUAAGCCACAACUAUUUUUCCCUGAAAACAUCCAUGAAAAAUGUCCUGCUGUGCUAAUUUUUUUUUCACCUUAUUUUCCUUGAAUUUCUUUUUUAACACCUUUUUUUGUGGGGAGUCCUGCCAGCCUUUGCAUAUAUUUCUCUUUUCCUUUAAAAUACUGUGCUUAACUUCUGUGAAUGCAUGUCUUUUCUUUACCUAUGCUUAAUUUAGCAGAAUAAAAGCUAAUCUCUCUCA